UGGCCGCAUUUUUAAAGGUUUGAGCGUUUCGCGCCAAAACGAAUUUGAAAAUCGUACGUGUUUUUUUAACAGUGUGCGUGUUUGUGAAGUGAUUUUGUGUUUUUUUAAUGUGUUUUUUGUUGGCGUUGUGACCGAUAACGAAGGUCAACAGGUAAACAGUAAAAGAAAAGAAAGCAGUGAAACUACGUACAUCUAAACUGAAACCUUGAAAAUUACACAUGAAAAAAUUACACACGUGAAAAUUAAAAGUGAAAAACCAGUGUAACCGUGAAAUACGGGAUAGUGCAGUGAAAAAUCGCGAGCGACCUUAAAGGACGAACCGCGAGUCCUCCAAUAAUUGCGAGUGCAGUGAGUAAAAAUAGCGAGUGAACUUAAAGGCCCAACCGCGCUGCUAUAAUAGCGAGUGCAGUGUGCCGUGUGUGUGAUUGUGUAUGAUGAGUGGCGAGUAUGGGUGACCUGACCAUGCAUAGGACGUGCGUGAGGGUCAACUCUGCGGACGACGAGUCCAGGGACGAGGUAGAUCAUGACCUGCCUAAGAAAAACCCUUUUAUUCGGGGCUCGGACCCUCGCGUGGCGACGUGCCGCGGACGCCUGCAAACGCGACGCUGCCAGCUCAACCAGGAAAUCAAUAAGGAGUUGAGAUUGCGAGCUGGUGCCGAAAACUUAUUCAAGGCGACGACAAACAGGAAGCUGCGCGAGACGGUGGCGCUGGAGCUGAGCUUUGUCAACUCCAACCUACAGCUGCUCAAGGAACAGCUGGCUGAGCUGAACUCCUCGGUGGAACUGUACCAGAACGACAGCAAAGAAUGUGUAAUGCCAAUGAUCCCCCUGGGGCUGAAGGAGACCAAGGAGGUGGACUUUCGGGAGCCAUUCAAGGACUUCAUCCUUGAACACUACAGCGAGGAUGCUGCCGCUCAUGAGGAAGCCAUCUCCGAUUUCAUGGACAUGAGACAGGCGAUCCGCACUCCAGUCCGCUCGACGGCAGGCGUAGCUCUCCUCUUCAAAUACUACAACCAACUAUACUUCAUAGAACGUCGGUUCUUCCCACCUGAUCGCUCGCUAGGGGUAUACUUCGAAUGGUUCGACUCUUUGACAGGAGUGCCAUCAUGUCAGCGGACGGUGGCGUUCGAAAAGGCGUGCGUAUUGUUCAACAUAGCCGGGAUUUACACUCAGAUUGGCGCUAAACAGGAGCGGCACACAUCUCUAGGCCUAGAUGGCGCAGUGGACGCAUUACUAAGAGCGGCGGGCACCCUCCGCUACAUCCAUGAGAACUUCACCAACGCGCCUUCUGUCGAUUUAGCGGCUGAUACUCUGCUGGUCCUUGCUGCUACUAUGACGGCCCAAGCCCGCGAAUGCCUAUUCGAGAAGCUGCAACUCCAAGCGCGCGAGUGCGGGCGCGGGGAGCUGCGCGACGAUCUGGAUAUGUGUCUUGAUUUCGCGCAAGAGGCAGCGCAGUGCGCGCACACAUACACGCAGCUAUAUCAGAAGAUGCAAACGGAAGGUGUCUUCAACUACGUGCCAUACUCAUGGGUCUCUUUGGUCCAUGUGAAGACUGAGUUUUAUAAGGCGCUGGCGCACCAGUACGCGGCGUUAGGCUUGCUCCACGCCGACAGCACGCCGCGCGCGCGGCAGCGAGUCGCCGCGCUUUAUACUAGCAACGAUCGGAAUGUUGACAACGGUUCAGUAUCCAACGCCAAGAUGGAUGACGACCUGGACUUCAUGGUGGUGGGGCGAGCGCACCUCAUUGAAGCGCAAGCGUUGUACGAAGAAGCACAGAGGUUACAACGGAUGUGUCGUGAACUGCGAAGCAAGGAACCUCUAGCACGAGUAAUACGCGCUCAUGCAGAGAGGGCAGUCCGCGAACGAGCGACACUACGGGACUCACCGGACCUCAGCGAGAUGGAGCUACUUGACGCACCCACUAUUUUACCUUCAUCAAAAUUCCAACUGUCCCUAACGCCGCCGGAUUUCGCUCAGCACCGCGUCGACGAUCUCUUCAAAUCCCUCGGCCCCAUCGCCGUGUUCUCCGCCAAGCGACACUGGAGCGCCCCUCGCCUCAUCACCCUCCAAAAACACAGCAGAGAAAGCUGCAGGAGGAUCAACAGCAGAAACUACGACCUUGAAAAGAGAUCCGAGAAAAGAGACCGAUCCGAAGACAACAGUGCUUACUAUAACUCCGUAAUCAGAGACGAGAAUUACGACGAUUACGAAAAGCAACUCCAAAGAGUCAUGAAGCAAAACGGAGUUUAUAUAAACAGCUAUAACAACAUGGAGUAUCAUCCUAAAGUUUUAGAUUACGAUAAAUAUGAUUAUAGAAAUAAUGAGAGCUUUGUAAAGACAACUACGGAAAGUGUGAAUGGGAAAUUGAAGAAUGGGAGGGAAAGGAGAAAGGAGCCAUUGAGGAGGGUGGCGAGUGAAUAUAAUGUGUCGAAUGCGAAGGAUGAGGAUGGGUUUGGGUUCUCGGUGAGAGGCGACGCGCCGGUCAUGAUUGCGGCGGUUGAACCUAAUUCUUUAGCCGAUAUCGGAGGGAUGCGUGAAGGUGACUUCAUCAUCUCAGUAGGCGACAAAGAUGUGAAGUGGAGCUCUCAUGAAGAAGUGGUUCGACUCAUCCAGCAAACCGGAGACUUGUUGGCACUCCGGCUUGCCACACCAAUGGACAAGAGCUUGAUGAAGUCGUCCCCGGACAUCCCCCGGCAGUCCAACUCCAACGCGGGCUCAGUGUCGGCCGCCUCCACGGCCUCCAGCGGCUCCGCGACCACCACCGCCACCGCGCGCUCCGCCGCCCGCCGCGUUCCCUCCUGGAACCCCUUCCGACGGAACACCACCCGGGACAACAGCUCGCAUAGGGGCUCACAUACGAGCAACGUUAUAUUCCGAUAAAUAUCCUAGCACUUGUAAGUUACAGAAAAAAGUUUAGUGUCUUUAAAGGUAACGUCAUUACGAGCAAGUCUAUAUAGCAGUCAAAGAUAGCGCCAUCUGGCGGUCUUUCCGAUGGAACACAACCCGGGACAACAACUCGCAUACGAACAACGUUAUAUUCCGAUAAAUGUGACGUUUUCAACCAAAAGGUACCACAUUGUUAAUCGUCGAUGAGGUUGAUUUCAAAUUGAAGCUAUAUGGAAAUAGUGCCUUAUUGACAACCGACAAUAAGUACCUUUUUGCUUGAGAAUGGCACAAAUAUCCUAGAACUUGUAAGUUUCAGAAAUUUAGUGUCUUUGAAGGUAACGGUAUCUGGUGAGACGUGCGCAAGCAUAUAUAAGAUAGCGCCAUCUUACGGGCCUUCAAGAGGAACACAAGUAGAGACGACAGCUCGCAUAGAAGUAAAUUUGGUUUUGUAAUAGCGAACUUGCGUAGCGGUCAAAGAUAGCGCCAUCUAGUGGCUAGUACGGGAACUUUAACCUUAGUAAACUUAACAAGUCUGCAGUGAAUGUUUCUUGGCGUGUUUUAUUUAAACGAUCAGAGCGCCAUCUGCACGUUUAUAGUUAUUGAUUUUAGAGUUUUUACGUCUGAGCUCUGUGGAUGUAUCUCUUAAACUAGUGUUACAUUGGAUUUUGUAGAGAGGAGAGGUUAAAAUUGUGAAGUUUUUAGACAAAAGGGACCUUACAACAUGCGUUUACUAGGUUAUAAAGUCCCUUUUCUGCAAGAACGGUAUUUAAGAUUAAAUCAGGGUUAUAAAAUAUUUGUCACACACAGCAUUGUUAGAAAUGUGUAUAGAGAAAAAAUUGGCACAUGUUUUCUGGUACUCAAUUUUAUUUUAAUAAGCAGUCAGUAACAUUAAGAACUUCAAUUCAAAUAAAUAUAAUAUUUUUAAAUAAAAUGUAUAUGCAUAUGAUGUAUAUCAUAUAAUACGUCCGUAUAAAAUAUGUUCAUCCGUUUAAAUACUGUAAUAAAUCCGUCCAUAUUUUAGACUGAUGUUUAAGUACUUAAAAAGAUCGUUCCUUUUUAAAGGCAGCGCCACCUACUGUCAAGAUUCAUACAUAAUCUUCUAAUGUUAUUUAAUUUAUAAGGUGUGAUGGCAAGCAAUGGCAUAUGCAACUAUUAUAUAUUUAGCUUCCUAAAUAUAUAGUUAGACUAUUGGUUUCUUGAUGGCUAUGAAAUUCCAAAGUUUAUACACAAUACAAGCACUAAACUGACUAUAAUAAUUAUACCGUUUCUUAUUGUAAUAAUGUCCAUAUAUGUAGUCAAUAAUGUAUCCCUUCAACGGUUAUAAUUUAAAAAAAGGAAGUUUGUAAUACAUAUAUGCUCGCGGGUACGAUUAUUUUUUCAUAUUUGUUGUGUGUAUUUGUUGAUUAGAAAAGUGUAUAGUUUCAUAUUUUUUUACUAUACUCUGAUUUAGUAAAACAGAUGGCGCUAGCAAAUACAAUAAACGGUAAAAUCACAGAUGGAUGGAGGUACUUAGAGCCCUUUCUCACUGACGUCCAGUUUUUGCGGGUACGGUUUUCUGCAGGAUUCAGUUUUCUAUGCGUGCAGUAUCCCGCAAACAGAAUGCUCGUGUGAAUGUUACUAUAUUAGCACGUAUCGUACUAAAAGGGGAUCCUGCAGAAAACCGUACCCCGCGUACCCGCAAAAAAAUGGACGUCAGUGGGAAAUAGCUCUUAUCUGUAGUAUCUAUUCCAUAGAUGGCGUUGUGUUUAAAUACGCCAUCUAGUACGUUUAGCUUAAUCAAAGAUAGAUAUAACUCCGUAAUAGAUGGAUACAGUCUAAGGAAAAAACGUGCCUCGAAAAUCAAGAAAAUUUGAUUCUCGUUCAGAGGGCGCUACUAGUUUUGGCCUACAGUCGUAUAGAUGGCGUUGACGGUUUCGUUUGUUAUUUAACAAUUUUAACGCAUAUCAGUGAAAGAACAUGGGUCAAAAUCAUUAAAAUAAUUAAUGCAAAUAAAAAAAAACAUUUAUCUAUAUUUAAAUACAUUCUAUCGUAUUUAUAUAAAUCUUCAUUUUUAGUUUUAAAGUGUGUCGACAGAUGGCAGUGAAUUUACUGGGGUUACAAAAUUUACUAUGACAGUAACGCUCUAGUAUCAGUUACUCUAUGGCUUAAUGAUACCGCGAUCUAGUACGACCAAAUUAAAACUGCGUUACCUUUCUAUCUUAUAAUAUAAAUACAGUCGGCAGUGAAACAUUGUAUAUUUUUUAUUAUGCAUUCAAAAAUAAUUUUCAAUCGAAUGAGACAUGAAAGCAAUCAGUAGGUGAUUGAUUUAGUAAGUAACUGUAAUUUUGAUUUAUUUCUACAUGCAGGCAUCUGUUAAAACUUAAAACCUAAACACUAUACUGAAUAUUAAUAUGUAUCCAAACUUGCUCGAUCUACAUUUUUUUCCUAGCGCCAUCUACCGAAGAAUUUGACCAGCUUUCUCAUUCUCCGCACCAGUUCGUAAAAAACCCCUUAGAAUGCUGAUUGUGUCCAUCAGUAUUGUUGCCGACUGUCCUUUUUCUUUUUAAUGUAUUUAGGUACGUACAAACUGCCAAGUCUUUGGAUAAUUAAGACGAACGCAGUUCUUGGAUUCGAAUGACAUUUCUUCUUGUAUAAUCUUUCUAAAUGUUCUUCAUGAUUUUUCCUUCUUUCUAAUAAAUGUUGAUUUAUAGUUGGUCAAGCAAAUCUUGUCAGUAGAAUAAGGCGGCAAAUUUAAAAAUGUAGGCGCGAAGAGAUAUCGUCCAAUAGAAAAUUUGUAUUUCGCGCCUUUUUCUACUGACAAGAUUUGCUUGACCAAUACACAAUAUUUUAUCAAGGUAUCCCUCAAAAAAGGGGAUUCAAAGCAGUAAGAAUACCUAAGUAUGACACUCAUAAAAAUACAGUUUAGCUAACCCUUAUAGCCGUAACAGACGACCGCACCGUACCAAUGUCACGGUGCGGUGCAGUGGUCUGUUACGCAAAAAGCGAGAAAUUCCAUUAAAAAGGUUGGUGACCCUUAAUUUUUACGUUUUCAUUUUGAACUAGAAAAAAUGGUUGGCCAGGCCAUAUUUUAUUAUUUUGUAAAAUUUCUUUACCUUUCUUCCGUGUAAUGGUUUUUCUAUGCACUUUUUGUUUAUUUUCACUAGCAAACAUAUCAUAUAUGAUUAUUGUAAGUAUUAUGUAAGUAAAAAUGUAUAUAUAUGUCACAAAAUUCAGUAUUUAUAAAAUAGAAUAUUUUUAAUUUUGGUUGUGAUCGAUCUCCACGUAUAUUGAUCGCACCCAAAAAUAUAAAAAAAAAACUUAUUAUUUUAAUUUUACUCGAGUUUAUUUUUGUGUAUAAAGGUAGGAUAGGAAAAUGUAUAUCAUUGUAAAGAAAUAAAGAUGUAUAAAUUGUUAUGGUUAAAGUGAACAAUAAAGGUUGUUUAAAGGCA